UUACCGACAGGUUAUGGUAUACGGGAGCAGAGAGGAAGAGAGCGCGAGCUUCGAUGUAAAUAAUCUUUCGAAGCGACUUAAUUCGAUGUCUUUCGCGACCUGCCGUUUGAUUGAUAAGAAGGUUCUGUUAUUUUGCACGCAAAAUAUUUGUCCGCCGCAAUUACAUUGUUAAAACAAUCUUGCUACGUGAUCUUAACCUAAUAACUGCUUCGUAAACGUCUUGUGUAUCUCUAAAUAAAUUAAGAAUUUGCAAAUAAUGGAGCGUUGUCACAAUUGCGGUGAACAUAAGAAUGUAGAAUUGGGUUUCUGUUGCACUUUAUAUGAAAAAAUAGACAUUGCUAGAGUACAAUGUCUAAAUGAAUGCGUAGAAGGUACUGGUGCGACAGUUUUCAAACGAUGGGAAGAAAGAUUAGACAGAACCAAGUUUGUGGAAAGUGAUAUAGAUCCUGAGCUUUUAUUCAAUAUACCUUUCACAGGUAAUGUGAAGUUGAAGAGCAUUAUUGUAAUUGCAGAUGAAGAGUCACAACCUAAUACGGUAAGACUAUUUAAAAAUCGGCCGAAUAUGGCAUUUGACAAUGUGAAUUCUCCAGAUCAGGAAUUUCACCUACAUAUGGACCCACAUGGUUUAGACGAGUAUCCCGUGAAGACUGUCAAGUUUUCAUCGAUACAUCACUUGAGCCUUCACUUUAGUGGUGUUGGAGAACAAAUUAGGAUUUAUUAUAUUGGUUUGAGAGGAGAAUGGACUCCACCUCAGAAUCACGGGGUGACCAUUUGUACAUACGAAACACGUCCUUUAAUUACUGAUCAUGUAGGAGACUUUAGUACAGUUUCCAACACACAUAUUAAAUAGCUCCAUUAAAAUCUGCCUUUAAUACCUUGGUAUUAAACACGAACAGAUACUGAGCAUGCAAGAGACAAUAUGGUGUAUUAUAUUUUAUGAACGUUUUUACAAGACAAUUAUGAAGUGUUGUAAUUGAAGUCCUGUAAUAAAAGUCUGGUAACAGUUUUAUUUCAAUUA